ACAUAUCUUUGCCCAUAAACCCUCCCAACUGAACAACUUCUUUUCUCUAUAUUCUGGAACUAGGGUUUUCAUUUUUGAUUCCUCUAAACCCAAUUAUCUCUACUUCACUUCAGUAAUUAGGGUUAGGGUUUUGUCCUUCCACUCUCAAUGGCGGCACCGGCAGUCUCUCUCCCCAGAUCCUCCAAGACGGAAUCCUACGUCGACAACAAGCGGAAAGAAGACAUCCGUCACGCCAACAUUGUAGCCGCUAGAGCGGUGGCCGACGCAGUCCGCACCAGCCUCGGUCCCAAAGGAAUGGACAAGAUGAUCUCUACUUCGAGCGGCGAAGUUAUUAUUACAAACGACGGCGCCACCAUUCUCAAUAAAAUGGAGGUCCUUCAACCCGCUGCGAAGAUGCUUGUUGAGCUCUCCAAAUCUCAGGAUUCCGCCGCAGGUGACGGUACUACUACGGUUGUUGUCAUCGCCGGAGCCCUUUUGAAACAGUGUUUGUCACUUCUAUCAAGUGGCAUCCACCCCACGGUAAUCUCUGAUUCUCUUCAUAAAGCUUCUAUUAAAGCUGUUGAUGUUUUGACUGCUAUGGCUGUUCCUGUUGAGUUGUCGGAUCGCGAUUCGUUGAUUAAGUCUGCUAGUACUUCGUUGAAUAGUAAGGUGGUGAGUCAGUAUUCUACGCUGCUUGCUCCGAUGGCGGUUGAUGCUGUUCUUUCUGUAGUUGAUCCUGCUAAGCCUGAUUUGGUUGACCUUAGGGAUAUUAAGAUUGUGAAGAAGCUAGGUGGAACUGUGGAUGACACUGAGAUGGUUAAAGGUCUGGUUUUUGAUAAGAAAGUUAGUCAUGCUGCAGGUGGGCCUACUCGAGUUGAGAACGCUAAGAUUGCUGUGAUUCAGUUUCAGAUUUCACCUCCUAAGACUGAUAUAGAGCAGAGCAUUGUUGUUUCUGAUUAUACCCAGAUGGAUAGGAUUUUGAAGGAAGAGAGGAAUUAUAUUUUGGGUAUGAUUAAGAAGAUUAAGGCGACUGGCUGCAAUGUGUUGUUGAUUCAAAAGAGUAUUCUGAGAGAUGCUGUCACUGAUUUGUCCCUUCAUUAUUUGGCUAAAGCUAAGAUUUUGGUUGUUAAGGAUGUUGAGAGAGACGAGAUUGAGUUCAUUACUAAGACUAUGGAUUGCUUGCCUAUUGCUAAUAUUGAGCAUUUCAAAGAAGAAAAGUUGGGACAUGCUGAUCUUGUUGAAGAGCUUUCACUUGGAGAUGGCAAGAUUGUUAAGAUCACCGGCAUUAAGAAAAUGGGAAGAACCACUACGGUGCUCGUGCGUGGGUCAAAUCAGUUAGUUCUUGAUGAGGCAGAGAGAAGCUUGCAUGACGCGUUGUGUGUGGUUAGGUGCUUGGUCAACAAGCGAUUUUUAAUCGCUGGAGGUGGGGCUCCAGAGAUUGAGCUUUCAAGACAGCUUGGGGCAUGGGCAAAGGUGCUACAUGGGAUGGAAGGGUACUGUGUUAGGUCUUUUGCUGAGGCACUGGAAGUGAUUCCGUAUACUUUGGCUGAGAAUGCAGGGUUGAAUCCAAUUGCUAUUGUCACUGAGCUGAGGAACAGGCAUGCGCAGGGGGAGAUCAAUGCUGGCAUCAAUGUCAGGAAGGGACAAAUUACCAACAUCUUGGAGGAGAAUGUGGUACAGCCAUUGCUUGUGAGCACAAGUGCAAUAACAUUGGCUACUGAGUGUGUGCGCAUGAUUCUCAAGAUUGAUGACAUUGUUACUGUCAGGUAAUUUUGGUUUGGUUGGAAUUUAGAGUUCUUGCUUCUUUAUUGUUGGAUUAUGGCUUAAGAAUUUUAGAAACGUGAUAUCUUUUUGCUAAAUGUUCGGUUGUAUUUGGAUUUUCAUGCUAUCUCUCUUCUCUUUGAGGUAUUUUAGGUUUCUCUUUUGUAUUUGGCUCAACUGAAUAUUUUUUCCUUCCCGUUUCCUUGUGUGUCUAAUAGAAUAUUGGAACUAUUUAGUA